GAGGGGAGAAGCAGCAGAUCAGGAAACUACAGUUUCCAAGGUAACAACAAAUUCUGGAAACGGAAGCUGCACUGCUAAGAACAUUGGACAGAUAUACCUAAACACAGGCAACAGUCAUCUCGUCGUGUGCGAUGGUUCAAACUGGAAAUUUAUCAAACUUGCAGACACUGUAACCAAAAAGACUGCUGUUAGCUGUAAAGAGCUGUAUGACAGUGGUCUUCGAGGAAGCCAGUUCUCUAAACCAUACACACUGGAAGACGGCGGAACAAAUUAUAAGACGUACUGUGAUAUGAGCUCAGGUGGUGGAGGUUGGACCCUUGUUGGUCGAGCUUGUGGAGAGACUACUGAGUGGUCUCCUAAAAGUACAAACUGGUAUAACAGCGCCCUCAUUAAUCCGGACACAGCUGAAAACAUUAGAGAACUACGUUCGAUGAAAAACAGGGGCUGGCUUAGUAUCCCAGGACGGAAAGUGAAGGUGUGCUUUAAAGGACCUCACACCAGCUGUGCUGUGUUCACUCAUAAUCUUGGAAUUCCGCUCUCUCGACUGUUUGCCAGCAAGUUUGGCGUUACUGUUACUGAGAACUACAAUUUUCAGAAGCUCAGAUCCGCGUUUCGCAUUCCCCCUAAUCUCACAUAUAGAGCUAACCAUCAGUGGUGCGGACUGAAUGUAGCAGAUGGAUGUAACCACGCGACUAAUCCCAACGUGGGAGCUCGCCACACUAUCUGUCGUAUUGGAUGCAUUGGGGACUACUCUGGCAAGUCCCAGUGUAGACUUGAUGACUUUGCUCUCGGAAUCGGAGUGAGCAGCUGCUAUGAUAGUCACGGGUGUUCUGGUACUGGAACGAGUACAAAGAAUCUGCAUUAUCGAGAUGCCCGUCAACACGGAUUCUUCAAACAAACUGCCUUCAUCUACGUGCAGUGACUUGUCAGUUUGUUGUUCUUCUAGUUGUGUUCAGCUGUUAGUAGUAAGCGCAUCGCUUUUGUUCGGACAUUUGUUCAGACGUCUUAGCUUGGAUAACGUUGAACGUGCAGUUUAGCAUCUGCAGCAUGUAUGGAGUUAGUGUUGUAGUUUGUCACAAGAGAAGUUGUUGUGUUCAGUAGACAUUCACUUCUGUCAAUGCAUACUUGCUUGCAAUAGAAUGUUGCUUUCAAUAAAUUUGCAAUGUUGUCGAAAUGCUUA